UUGACAUUGAACGUCAUAUGCAAUCAUGACAUCACAUUUAUGACGUCAUCGAUGUUAUUGAAAACUGGAAAAUGGCAACGUCUACGACAUCCCGAAGAGAUCAGGUCUUUGUUGGAGAUCUGCCUGAUGACUUUCUUCGAAUCGGAGGAGGUCCCACGGGGCAGCAACAACAGCAAAUAACGUCAGACGAGCAGACUGCGAGGGCGCUACAGUAUGGAGGACAGGCUCAGCAAGGAUAUGGCUCUUUUGUUGGUCGACUUAGUAUUACAAUUUCACAGGCAAGAUUAGCAAAGAAUUAUGGGAUGACGAGGAUGGAUCCUUACUGUAGGGUGAGGGUGGGGCAUUCGGUCUUUGAAACACCGACCGAUGUGAACGGGUCCAAGAACCCUCGAUGGAACAAAACCAUUCAGUGCAACCUGGGCCAGGGCAUUGAUUCCGUUCACAUAGAGCUCUUUGAUGAGAAAGCCUUUACCACCGAUAAUAAGAUUGCAUGGGCUCUGAUCACCAUCCCACCUGCUGUGAUGAAUGGAGAAACCAAGGACGAUUGGUUUCCAUUAACGGGGAAGCAAGGAGAGGACAAGGAAGGAAUGAUCAACUUAAUAUUCUCUUAUACACAAGUGCCAGUGAUGCCCAUGAUGUACCAACCUCCACAGCAGGUCAUCUACGGAGGUCAAGUACCGGUCGUCAUGCCAACGACAUAUGGAUAUACCCCUGUUGCUGCUCCAGUUGCUGCCUACCCUCCCCAGCAAGCGCCGCACGCACAGCAAGUGCCGCAGCCCGCUCAGCCUCCCCAGAUCACACAGGCCGACCUCCAGGCUCUGCAGGAGAUGUUCCCCGGGACGGACUCAGAGGUCAUCAGAUCCGUGCUGGAGGCCAACGGGGGCAAUAAGGACGCAACGAUCGAUUCAUUGCUGCAGAUGACAUGAGGAGAGAAAUCUUUCAUUCAUUUAUAUCAGAAUGAUUUAUAGAUCUGUUUUAUCGAAAAAAAAAAGUUUUCACACCCAGUUAGCAAUCUUUUAGCAUAGUUUACACUCUGUUACACUCGAGCAAGGUCAAAGGAAAAUGGUCUAGUGAAUCUAUUGUUCUCCUAUUGUUCUGGCUUGGUCACUCUAUUGUUCUGGACCUGAGUGUAUAUUCGAGUGUAACUACACUCAAAGAUUGCUGACUGCCACUGUAGUAAUUUAUUAAGAUUGAUACACAUCUCUUCCUUCAGAAUGUUAUAAGCUAUUGCAUUGACCUGCUUAUUAUUAUUGGGCAAGAGUUUGUAUACAUUGCUUGUUCCUACGUCAGGCAUGCCUGAGGCAAUCUUCCAGGUUUGCUAGAACAAUUUCUGUUUAAACUGUAUAUGUACAUAGAGAAUUAUUUCUUUAUUGGAAGGUAUAGUUAUAGAAUCUGUGUAUAUUACCGGAAUGGGCCCUUUGCAGAAAGAGUUGCAAUCGAAUGCAACUUUUUUUAAUACAGGAAUUACAUACAUUGCCUAGGCCCCUUUUCACAAAGUGCAGAGAUUGAUCCAAUCAGACUCGACUAUUGAAAGCCUGUGAAGCCAACUCCCAGUCUACAUCUAUCUUUUUGAAGCACUCAACAAUCAGGGGCAGAUCAAGGAAUUUCCAAAAGGUGGGGGGAGCACAUUUUUACGAGGAGAAA